AUGUACUUAAACUGCACUCACUUCUCCAAAAAGCUUACACACAUCACCAACGUUCUACUAUUUUUUUUUUUUUUUUUCCCCUCAACCACUCAUAAUCCCAACUCCUCUCUCAGUAUUAUACCACCUCCAUCAAGAAAUCCAAAUUGCAUAAGCAUAAAUAAUGAUAAUGUAAAUAAACGACGAGAUGCUUUUAAUAAUAUGCAAAACAAUUCUAAUCUGUAUCCAGCUCCACCACCCAGUACAAUAGUUCAUAUGAAUGAAAAAAAUAUGAUUAACAAAAAACCAAGAAUGGAUAAUCGUGCUAUAAAUAAUGAAAAUAUAAAUUAUACCAUGCCUCAAAAUUUUAUUGGUAUGCACCCUUAUAUUCCUCCACCCAUGCAUGAUGUCACACCAAACAAACUCUUUUCAAAUAUGCAUCAUAAUCAAAUGAAAACAAACAGAAAUUCAAACAGCUUUUCCCGUAGAUAA